ACUGGGCAUAUAUAAGGCGACAUGAUAGAGGUUAUAGGAAUCAACUACCUAGGAAUGCAGAAUUGCGUAUGUCAUUUCUAAAUAGUCUGUUAGAUAAUGAUGUUAAUUUUAUUAGUCAGCUUAGGAUGGAUAGGAGAACAUUUGAUACUUUGUGUCAGUUAUUACGCGAGGAUGGAUAAGUUAAAAGUGAUGGCACUGUUACAUUGGAAGAGCAAGUGUGUGUAUUUCUACAUUAUAUUUCUACACAUAAUUGCUCAUCAUACAAAUAACCGUAUGAUUAUCACUAGAUUUUUUAGAUCGGGAGAGACGAUUAGUAGAUAUUUCAAUUCUGUGUUGCAUGAAAUACUCCGCUUACAUAUGACUUUGUUAAGAUAACCAAAACAUGUAUCAGAUAAUUAUUUGGAUAAUAGAUGGAAAGUAUUUAAGAUACGUUUGUGGAAUUGUUUGGUUAUUUAUAUUAUAGUUCAAUUAUUUGUAACAUUAUCUGAUGUUAGUAACAUUGUUAAUGAUGUAGAAUUGUUUGGGAGCUUUAGAUGGAACAUAUAUUAAGGUGAAUGUCCCAGAAAAUGAUAAACCAAGAUAUCGAACAAGAAAGGGUGAGAUAGCCACAAAUGUUUUAGGUGUAUGUAAUCCAAAUAUGGAAUUUAUAUUUGUAUUACCUGGUUAGGAAGGUUCUGCUUCGGAUUCAAGAGUACUCCGAGAUGCAUUAAGUAGGCCAAAUGGGUUAAGGGUACAAACUGGUAAGACUAAUUCUCAAGUUUUACAUUGUAGUAGUCAACAUUGCAUACACUAAUAGGAGAUAUGUUUUUUCUUUUUUUAGGUUGUUAUUACUUAGUGGAUGCUGGUUAUACUAAUGGUGAAAGGUUUCUUGUACCAUAUAGAGGAACGAGAUAUCACCUUUCUGAGUGGAGAGAUGGUUGUGCACCCAUAAAUCAUGAAGAGUAUUUCAACAUGAAGCAUGCAUCUACUAGGAAUGUCAUAAAAAGAUGUUUUAGGGUUCUUAAAAAGCGGUGGGCAAUUUUAAGAAGUCCAUCUUUCUAUCCUAUUGCAACACAAAUCAAGAUAAUUACUGCAUGUUGCCUUAUACAUAAUCUUAUUAGAAGAGAAAUGAUAAUUGAUCCUGGGGAAGUCAAGUUUGAUAGAAGUGAUGAUGUUGACGUUAGUAUCGAGGAUGACUUUAUAGGAUCGAUUUCUUCAUCGGACCAAUGGACCCACUGGAGAGAUGAUUUAGCUAAGCAAAUGUUUGAUGAGUGGAGAGGUCUUCGUGGUCAUUAGUGGUCGAUUGUUGUCUUUAAUGCUUCUCUAACUGCUUUAUUUUAUACUGUUUGUUAAACAUCUUGGAUCAUUUGUAUGAAAACCAAUAUAUAUUCUAUGCCAUUGUUGUCAACCAUGAAUGAUUGUUGCUUAUUUGCUUGCUGUUAUUUGCUUGCUAUUAUUGUAUUGUUGAAAUCAUAAAAAUGUGAAUUUCGAUAGAAAUGGAGGUUAGAGGUAGCAGUCAUGAUAUCCGAGGGGUUGAAUCUAGACGAAUAUGGAGUAAAAAGGAGGAAGAUGCUUUACUGCUUAUUUUAGAUGAGGUUGUAGCUAGUGGGCAGUGGUGUGACAUAGGAUCAUUCAAAUCUGGCACAAGUACUAUGAUUGAGAGGCGAUUGGCUGAGAUAUGUCCUGAUUGGUUGUGAGCAAAUCCACACAUUGAGUCAAAAUUGAAAAAGUGGAAGAAGUAUACGGUAUAAUAUACGAUAUGCUAAACAAAAGUGGGUUCGAAUGGAAUGACUUUCUUAAAUGUGUGGAAGUUGAUAGUGACGAAGUUUGGAAAGCAUAUGUGCAGAGCAAUCCAAGUGCAAAGGCAUGGAAAGGUAAAUUGUUUCCGAUGUAUGAGAGGCUUGCUACUAUUUUUGAAAAGGAUCAGGCAACAGGACAUGGAGCACAAACUCCAAUUAAUAUGGUCAAUGAUUUGAAUUUGGAUAGUGGAAAUGAACAAUUUAAUGAUGUAUAUUCUCCAAUGUCUAUGAAUGAAAUACAUAAUGAACCGUCCACCCGACCCAAAUUAAGAGGUAAGAGAGAAUCUGAAUUGAAAGAUGAUGAUAUUGUGAGCGGAUUUGACAAUGUAGCAAAGAAAUUAUUUGAUAAAUUGGCUGCAAAGUUAGAUAAAUCUGAAGCCAAUUAUCCACAAUACUUAACUAUGGAGCUUGACAGGUUAGGCUUCUCUGCUGAUAACAAUCUCGAAAUCUCUAAGGCAAUGAGAUUGGAUCCAUCGAACGUUGAGGUGUUUAAGAUUAUUGGGACGGAUGCGGGCAAGAUUGAAUUUGUUAGGAAAUUUUUAAAUUACUAAGUAUCGUUGUGGAUCAUAUAUUAAAGCCUAUGUAUGAAGGGAUGAUAAUUAGGAACACUUAUAUUUGAACUUUAUGGACAUAUAUUGUACGGUUGUUUA